UUUGCUUCUAGAAAAGAAGAAAGGAAGGAAAACAAAAACAAAACACCAUCAUGUCUGUCCAACGCUUGACGUAAUGACUGAGCACCUAAUGGAGGGUUGUGGCUGGUCCAGGGAGCACAGAUUGCACCUAUCCUCCCCACGUGACCAGGAGGGGUGGACCUGGGUAGCGUAUAUAAGAGCCAGCCAAAGAAAGGAAACCAUCUUUUGGACUUAGACUGCUGUUUGAGAAGGAGUGCUGCAUAGCCAGAGGGCCCCUUCACUAGCUGGGUGAGUUGACUUUUCCUUCUGUAUAUAACUGUUGGUCUACCUGCUUGUUAUUUAUACUCAGUUCCCUGACACAGCAGUGCUGUAGAGAUGGUACUUUGUGCCAUCAGUGUGCUGGCUUUCACUCCUUCAUAGAGCUUGUGUGUUCAGCUGCAUGUGUGACAAAGCCAAAUUAGAAAUGGAGAAGGAAAAACUCUCCACUUCUUCCUGAACACUGCUGCUCAACCAGCAUGUCUCCUGCUGCACACAAAGACCCCUUUUAUUGCUGUCCCUUUUACUGCUGCUCCAUUGGCUUCAAACUUAAUUAAAACUCCGCCUCACAAACAGGAGUGCAACAGGCAGAAGGAACUGACUUGUGUUACUCAUCCACAGGUGCAGCAUUUUCUAUCUCCUUAGCAGUGCUUACUCUUACAGUUAAGAGGCUAAAGCAUGCUUUGCAGGCACAAAAUGGCUCUUAAAGAUGAUGAACUGCAGCAGCUGGUCCGGGUUGAUGCAGCAACACAGUAUCCUGAAGUAGUUUUGUGUGUUGGAAAAAUAACUUUUGGUGAGAAAGCAAGAAAAAAGAUGCCAAAAGAUUCAAAACAAGAUCAAAAACACAUCCUUGCCUCUGCAGUGUGUGCCUUGCUAAACUCUGGAGGAGGUGUGGUAAAAGCAGAGAUAGAAAAUGAAAACUACGACUUACAGAGAGAUGAGAUCGGACUGGAUUUACAAGAUAUUUUUCGUUCUCUUCUUUUAUUUCCGGACUUGACAAAAUACCUGGACUUUGAACAGCAGGAAAAUAACCUUUUGAUUUUUAUUAAAACAUGGAACAGCGAAAAGAUAUCCUCAACCUCUAGUUCUGUGAAGCCACGUAUCUGUAGCCUCAGCAGUGGGUUGUAUACAAGAAGUGGUGCUUCUCUUUCCCACAUGACCCCUACUGAAGCUUUGUUUUUCCUUGAAGAAAAGCAAAAUGAAGCUAGGACAGAACAUAGCACACAAGCACCUGCUAAAAAAAAGAAGACAAUGGCUGCUGAAGAAGACAUGCAUAUUGUAAAUAACACUGUUGCUGAAUUGUUUAAGAGGGACCAACUGCAGUGUGGAGAGACAUUGAAUUUCACAGAGUCAGGGAACAUAGAAUUUAAGCACUUUUCCACUGAAAAAUUUUUAACUCGUGUUAAAGAGAUAUUACCUCAGUACAUCUCUGGAUUUGCAAAUGCACGUGGCGGGUAUUUAUGGAUUGGUGUGGAUGAUAACAGGGUCGUACAGGGAUUCAAAAGUGAUGAUAAAGACCUUGAAAAAUUAAGAAACCUAAUUGAUUCUGUUCAUCAGGAAAAAUUAACCAUAUUCCAUUUCUGCAAAAGUGGAUGUGAACACCAGAUAAGGUGUGAAUACAAAAUCUUCAGAGUGUAUAAGGAGGCUGUAGAGCACUGUGGCUAUGUCUGUGCUGUGAAGGUUGAACCGUUUACUUGUGCAGUGUUUUCAGAAGAUCCGCAGUCAUGGCUGUUCGACGGAGGCACUGUCAGGAGACUGAAAGCAAAUGAAUGGGCUGCGUGGAUGAUCUCUGCUGAUCCAGGUCCAUAAGACUCAGAAUAAUCCACUUCUGAUUUUGGUAUUUCCUUCGGUUUUCUUUAGGUUGGAUUUGGUCCAAACUGUCUUGGUCCUCCUGCCUUUUAGGAUCUUUCCCCAGUGUUGCUAUCAGCCUGGCAGGCAGAAAGCUGUAGACAGAUUGUUCAUUGGCCAGUUCUUGGGCAAUGAAAGGAGCAUCACUAAUAGAGCCAGAGAUCACAACAGAAGUUAAAGAGAUAAGAAGACCAAGAACAACUCCAUGAUCUGUAACUGGAGUCUAUUCACUGCUAAUCAGCUGUUGUCCACUCCUUCUGUUUAUUUAUCACAUUUGUUAUUUUAAAUAAGAAUAAAAGGUUUAAAACCAGCGUGAGGAUGGUUGUACACCUUGCACUAAGAGGCAGCGACAGCUCGUGCCAUAUCAUGUUUUCAUUUCUCUUUUCCAGAUCUAUCAGAAUUUUCUGAGACCUUUAAGCUAGAGCUCAGUGUGAC